AUGCCCGGCAGCCCCAGCCCGCCCCCCACCAAAGCCUCUCUCUCCCCUGACCCUGCAGCCUGGGGCUGUUCCGACCUCGCCUGCUACUCCGACUACCUCCAAACAGUCACCUGUGUCCUGGAAAUGGGGACCCUUCACCCCCACACCUUCACCCUCACCUGGCAAGACCUGUAUGGAGAACUGGAGGAUGAGGUCACCUCCUGCAGCCUCCACCUGUCAACCCACAACACAACGCAUGCAUGGUACACAUGUCACAUGGAUGUGUCCUUCUUCAUGGCCGACGACAUUUUCAGUGUCAACAUGACAGACCCAUCUGGCAGACACUCCUGGGAGUGUGGCAGCUUUGUCCUGGCUGAGAGCAUCAAGCCGUCUCCCCCCUUCAAUGUGACUGUGACCUUCUCGGGGCAGUACGAGAUCUCCUGGAGCUCUGAUUACGAAGACCCUGCCUCCUCCGCGCUGAAGGGCAAGCUUCAGUAUGAGCUGCAGUAUAGGAACCGGGACGCCCCCUGGGCUCUGAGCCCAAGGAGAAAGCUGGUCUCCGUGGACUCAACACACAUCUCCCUCCUUGCCCUGGAGUUCCACAAAGGCUCGAGCUAUGAGGUGCAGGUACGGGCAGGGCCACAGCCUGGCUCUUCCUUCCGAGGGACCUGGAGCGAGUGGAGUGACCCAGCCAUCUUUCAGACCCAGCCCAAGGACCCAGAGGGAGGGACCGGAGGACAGCACCCUGGCCUUUUGCUCCUCAUCAUUGCAGCCCCUCUCCUUGUCUUCUUGGGCCUGAGGUACCACCUGCCUUGGAGGCUGUGGAAGAAGGUGUGGGUACAGGUACCCAGCCCAGAGCAGUUCUUUCAGCCACUGUACGAGGGUCACAGGGGGGACUUCAAGAAAUGGGUGGGCGCACCCUUCACUGCCUCUAGCCUGGAGCUGCGACCCGGAGCCCCAGGGCCGCCUUCCACCUUGGAAGUGUGGAGCUACUGCGCAUCACAGAGCCCAGCCAAAGGACCAAUGCCCACAGAGCUGCCGGAGCCCACAGAUGCAUUGGAGGCUGACGGGGUGCUGGACCCGGGCUCCUGGGGUCGAGCCCCAUCAGCAGCUGGCAGCCUGGGUGACUCCAUUUACAGUCAGGAGAGAGACCGGCCGUACGGCUUGGUGUCCAUCGACACAGUGACCGUGGUGGGCGCAGAGGGGCCGUGCUCCUGGGCCUGCAGCUGUGGGGAUGACGGCUACCCAGCCCUGAAUCUGGACGGAGGCCCGGAGCCUGGCCUGGGCACGGAGGCCACAGUCUUCUCCUGUGGCUGUGUCUCGGUCGAAAGCCCUCCUGGGCUGGGAGGCCCUCUGGGAAGCCUCCUUGACAGGCUGACCCUACCCCUGGCAGCUACCGCGGGCUGGGCCCCUGAACCACCCUGGGGUGAUGGUCUACCCGGUGGGAUCUUCGACAGCGAGGCAGGCUCACCUCCAGCUGCCCUGGACAUGGACACGUUCGACAGUGGCUUUGCGGGCUCUGACUGUGGCAGCCCUGUGGAGUGUGGCUUUACCAGUCCCAGGGAUGAGGACCCACCCAGGAGCUACCUGCGCCAGUGGGUGGUCAUGGCCCCUCCACCUUCAGUACCUGGGCCCCAGGCCAGCUAG